GACCGUGGCAUGUUCUAAUACCCACCUCUCCUCCUCCUUAUUCUUCUUGUCACAUCCUCAUUGUCGUGGUCGACCGUCGUGACACAAAUCCCUAUCUAUUCGAUCGCUUUUCGGCUAGUCGUGUGCAGUUCGGCUCCCGUGAGCGCGAAAGAUGAGUCGACUAAUCGCGUUGUUGCUAUGUGUUCUAGCGGCAAUGGCGUCGGCAGAGGCUAGAGUUCGUCGAUACAAGUGGGACGUGAAGUACGAGUUCAAGUCGCCGGACUGUUACAAGAAGCUGGUCAUCACCAUCAACGGAAGGUCGCCGGGCCCAGCAAUACUGGCGCAACAGGGAGACACCGUCGUCGUGGAAGUUACCAAUGGCUUGGAGACGGAGAAUCUCGCGAUCCAUUGGCACGGAAUCCGACAGAUUGGAAGCCCGUGGAGCGACGGAACCGGGGGUGUGACUCAGUGCCCAAUCUUGCCUGGAGACACUUUUACCUAUCGCUUUAUCGUUGACCGGGCCGGAACAUACUUGUACCACGCGCAUUACGGGAUGCAAAGAGAAGCCGGACUGUACGGGUCGAUCCGGGUUUCGCCGCCGGACGGCGUGGCCGAGCCGUUCGCUUACGACUACGACAAGAGCAUCAUCCUCAACGACUGGUACCACAGGAGCACUUAUGAGCAAGCUGCUGGCUUGUCCUCUAUUCCCUUCGGUUGGGUUGGGGAGCCUCAGUCACUGCUAAUUCAAGGAAAGGGAAAGUUCAAUUGCUCCAAACUGGCCGCUCCAACCUUAGAUCCAUCAGCUUGCAACGCGACCAAUCCCGAAUGUUCGCCGUACGUGCUGACCGUCAUCCCCGGUAAAACGUAUCGCCUUAGGAUCUCAAGUGCGACUGCUCUGUCUGCUCUCGGCUUUCAAAUUGAGGGUCACAACAUGACUAUUGUUGAAGCAGACGGGCACUAUGUAGAGCCCAUUGUGGCCCAAAAUCUGUUCAUCUACUCGGGCGAGACGUACUCCGUCUUGAUCAAAAUCGACCAACAACCAUCAAGAAAUUACUGGAUCACCACCAACAUCGUUGGCCGCAACGCCACGGCCACGACCCCUCCCGGUCUGGCCGUCCUCAAUUACUACCCGAACCAUCCGAAGCGUGUCCCGCCCACAAGUCCACCCACCGGCCCGAUGUGGAAUGACGUUGCGCCCCGAUUGGCUCAGAGUUCGGCGAUCAAAGCCCGCCACGGAUACGUCCACACUCCCCCGCUCAAGUCGGACCGAGUGAUUGUGUUCCUCAACACGCAGAACAAGAUCGACGGUUACUUCCGUUGGUCCGUGAACAACGUGUCGUUCACGCUCCCGCGCACGCCGUACCUGAUAGCCCUCCAGGAGAAUCUCCACCACGCGUUCGACCAGCAACCGCCGCCCGACAAUCCACCCAACUUCACGAACUAUGACAUCUACCACGUCGCGAACAACACCAAUGCCACCUCCAGGAACGCGAUAUAUAGACUAAAGUUCAACUCUACAGUGGACAUCAUAUUGCAGAAUGCAAACACUAUGACUGCGAACAACAGCGAGACCCACCCGUGGCACCUCCACGGCCACGAUUUCUGGGUCCUUGGGUACGGGACGGGCAAGUUCGACGCCGACAACGACUCGAAGAAGUACAAUCUGGCAAACCCGAUCAUGAAGAACACGGUGCCGGUCCAUCCUUACGGGUGGACCGCUCUAAGAUUCGUCGCCGAUAAUCCGGGUGUUUGGUUGUUCCAUUGCCAUGUAGAGUCUCAUUUCUAUAUGGGCAUGGGCGUGGUGUUUGAAGAAGGUGUCGAGAAGCUGGGCAAGCUGCCUUCGGAGAUCAUGGGAUGUGGGGAGACAAGAGGCUUCAAGAGACCAUAACCUGAUUACUCAUACAGUUAUCUAUAUUCGCUACAGUUGCAUUUAUUCCUGUGAAAUCAACAGAAAUU